GCAGUCAGCAGUGUGGUGUAUACAUAUGUGAGUGGCAGGGUAGCAGUCGAUCUUGAGCCCAAAACAAGAAAAAGAAUACAAUCUCAUGAACAGAGUCUAAAUUAUAAAUAAAGCUCAUUCGCAGCUCAAUUGAAAGUCGAAUCAUGCUUAAGUUGCUCAUAUUUGUAAUCCUCUCACUUUCGUCGCUAUGGGUAUCUGCGCAGACACAAAUUUCAUUCAAAGAUCUAAAAUUUCGUCAUGUACCAGAUGAAUUAAAUAAUGCGCAGGUGACAAAGCUUGCAAAUUUAUCAAAUAUGACUCAUAUGAACGAAAUUUUAGACAAUAUAUGUGUCGUAAGAGUUGUGGGAACCCCCGAACACAAGAGAGUAAGAAAUUAUAUAAAAAAUUCGAUGAAAGAACUCGGAUGGACAGUACAAGUGGAUGCAUUUAAUGAAGACACUCCGAAUUUAGGCAGAUUGCGAUUUAGAAAUAUAAUUGCAAAACUCGAUCCAAAUGCAAAAAGGUACUUGGUAUUAGCUUGCCACUACGACUCGAAAUACAUAAAAGGUCAAAUUUUCGUCGGAGCUACAGACAGUGCAGUACCUUGUGCUCAACUAAUCAAUACUGCCAAGAUUAUGAAUAGUCAAUUAAAAUCUGUGAGAAAUCAAGACGUAAGUUUAAUGUUUAUUUUCUUCGAUGGGGAGGAAGCAUUUGUAAACUGGGGACCAAAAGACUCAAUUUAUGGAGCUAGACAUUUGGCUAGGAGAUGGGAACGACAAACUUUCAUGAGAGAAUUAGGAAAUGAUAUUUCGGAACUUGAUAGAAUGGAUUUGCUUGUUUUACUAGACUUGAUAGGAGCUCCAGAUCCUAAAUUUUAUAGUUAUUUUGAGGACACAGAAAGGUGGUAUGAUUUACUUUUAUCUGCUGAAGGUAUCUUAGAAAAAUUAGAGUUGCUUGAUAAAUAUUCUUAUGGACAACCCCAAGAAAGAUAUUUUCAGAGGUAUUCUAUUCCAACGUAUGUCGAGGAUGACCACAUUCCAUUCUUAGAAAGAAAAGUACCAAUAUUGCACUUGAUACCUAAUCCAUUCCCGAAAACCUGGCACACACAAUACGACAAUAGAGAAAGUAUAGACUUGACAACCACCGAAAAUAUCAGCAAAAUUCUUCGACUAUUUAUCGCUUCGUAUUUACAUAUUAAAGUAUAAAUGAAUACGCGAGUCGCGUAUUCAGCCAGGACAUAAUUCUAU